UGAGCCAGUCAGCACCAUGCGGCCCUUGCUCUGUGCUCUGGCUGGGUUCUCUCUGCUCAGCGCUUUGGGAGCCUUCGUGGCUGCUGAACCCUUCAGCCCUUCCCAAGGAGACCCAAGCUGGACCGGUGGUUGUGAAAGACAUGAACGUUUAAAUGUCAUUGAGGAGACUGUGGAGAAGACAGUGGAGCACCUGGAGGCAGAAGUGAAGGGCCUGCUGGAUCUGUUGGAGGGGCUGGCCUGGAAUUUACCUGACAGGCCCUUCAGCCCGGCCCCUGACCUCCUUGAACAGAAUGCUUUCUAAGCACAGGAGAUGGAAGCCUGGAGGUUGGCGGGACAAUCGUCUCUGCUAGCAAAGCCAUCGUUCCCCUGCUUUCUCAUCAUUGCAUGAAAUAAAGCAACUCCUUUGGUCCCCU